UGCAUCGUUCACAAAAUGAAGUCUUUAGGUAUCGCUCUUCUCUGUCUGCUCGGCACACUGGCGUGGGCUCAGGAGCUGGAGAAACUAGUUCAGGUUGAGGAGCCCAUACCCGAGGAGGAAAAUCCGUUGCCAAUUUUUCUUCCAACAUAUUCCACGGACGAUUUUUCACUAUCUGCAUCUUCCAAACUAAAUUGGUUCCAAGCUGAAGCCGCCUGCGCUUCUCAAGGAGGCUACUCCUUGGUCACGUUAGAUAGUGAAGACAAGCAGAAUCGUGUAUUCCUAUUUUUGCUCAACUCGGGUUAUUUGAAUCUGCUUAAUGAGCCGAUUUGGACGUCAGGCUCGAACCUGGCAAGCGCUUCUCUAUGGAGUUGGUUCAGCACUGGAGCUGCCUUCAAAUAUCGCCAUUUCCAGACUACACCCAAUACCUCAUACCGCUGUCUCGGCCUUAAUGCACUUGACGGUUACUGGAUUCCUCAAGAUUGCAACGCUCAGCGUUAUUUCGUAUGCGAAAAACGAUGCCAAGAAAUUGAAUGAGCAUAUUUCUUUACUAUGCUAAUCUAUAAAAAUAUAUUAAAAGGUUCUGAUUGUAAAAA